AAGGAUAUUUAAUUCGAGGCGAGGCUGUGAAAAGAAUGUUUCCAGGAAGUGUCUGCUGGUCAAUUCUAUUGAUGAUGAGCUUGUUGUCAAUCUAUUCGAUCAACGGCUCUUCAGCUAACAGAAGCACUAAGCGGAAUCAGCACAGGCAGAACACAUUCGCAAAAAGAUCGGACGGGAAUAAUGAAACAGCAUCUGGACUAUCUGGAAAUUACAAGUUGGUGAAAGAUUGGCCAUCGCUGUCAGACGAGGUCACCUUGGGUCAAGUGACGUCUGUUGCUAUGAGAAGUGACGGUAUUUUGGCAAUGCUUCAUAGAGCUGGCAGAGAUUGGGUUCCAGCGUCCUUUGAUCGUCAAAACAGAUUCCGAAAGGUUGAAGAAGGACCCAUUGCUGGAAACACUGUUGUAUAUAUUGACCCCGAAACAGGGAAACAACUUGGACAAUGGGGAAAAGAACUAUUCUACUUGCCUCAUGGACUGACGAUUGAUCACGAGGACAAUUUAUGGGUAACAGACGCUGGGGCACAUCAAGCGCUGAAAUUCACAGAAGCGGGUUCCCCACUCAUGGCACUUGGCACUCGAUUGGAACCCGGGGAAGACAACAACCAUUUUUGCAAGCCAACUUCCGUAGCUGUUGAAAGAAGAACCCGACACAUCUUCGUUGCUGACGGGUACUGCAACAGCAGGGUUAUGAAAUUUUCUCCCGACGGCCGACUUCUUUUUCAGUUGGGUAAAUCGGGUCCAGCACACAUGAGAUUUUUAGCUGCGUGGAUUCGACGCCCGAAAGGAACUGAAUUCAAUGUCGUACAUUCCUUGGCUUUGGAUCAAGAAAGAGGAGUUCUUUUUAUUGCUGAUCGGGAAAAUGGCAGAAUUCAGGCGCUGAUGACUGAAGAUAUGUCAAUCGUUGGAUCAAUGACUUCAGCGCGAUUUGAUGGACGGGUUUUUGCAGUAGGAUUUUCUCCUGCUUUCGGAGGAUUGAUCAUCGGAAUGAAUGGACAGAAAGCCGGUGGAGGCAUUGUUCAAGGUUUCGUGCUAAACCCGAAAUCCCGUCAAGAAAAAACCAUGAUUGUAUCAACUUUCGGAGCCCAACGGCUGAAAGAACCGCAUGAUGUGAAAAUUAGCGAUGAUGGGAAAACCAUUUACGUCGCAGAAACGCGUCCUCAUCGUAUUUCAAAAUAUGUUCUCACUUGAGCUUGACUUUCAGCUUUAUUGUUUAAAAAAAAAACAACCCAACUGCUGUGCGUUCACGAUGACAAAAAAGAAAAGAAAAAUACACCUGCUGGGCUCUAACUCA